AUGUAUGUAGGCUAUCUUUUGGAUAAGGACACCAACAUGUAUCCCAGUCCCGUCCGGCAUCCCAGCCUCAACCUCAACCCCCAGAACUACGUGCCGGGGCCACCCCAGUACUCGGACUUCGCCAGCUACCACCAUGUGCCAGGGAUUAACAACGACCCGCACCAUGGGCAGCCGGCGGCCGCCUGGGGCUCACCCUACACCCCUGCCAAGGAGGACUGGCACUCGUACGGCACCGCUGCCGCCUCUGCCGCCACCAACCCGGGGCAGUUUGGAUUUAGCCCCCCGGAUUUUAACCCCAUGCAGCCCCAUGCAGGCUCUGGACUCCUGCCUCCAGCCAUCAGCAGCUCGGUGCCACAGCUGUCCCCUAAUGCACAGAGGCGCACCCCGUACGAAUGGAUGAGGCGCAGCAUUCCCAGCACCAGCAGCAGCGGCAAGACGAGGACAAAGGACAAGUACCGGGUGGUGUACACGGACCACCAGCGCCUGGAGCUGGAGAAGGAAUUUCAUUACAGCCGCUACAUCACCAUCCGCCGUAAGGCCGAGCUGGCCGCUGCCCUGGGGCUCACUGAACGGCAGGUGAAAAUUUGGUUUCAGAACCGAAGGGCGAAGGAGAGGAAGGUGAAUAAAAAGAAGCUGCAGCAGCAGAGCCAGCCCACCAGCACAACCACGCCAACCCCCCCAGCUGUGGGCACGCCGGGGCCCAUGGGGACCCUCUGCAGUGGCAGUGCCCCAAGCCUUGUCUCCUCAUCUCCGCUCACCAUCAAGGAGGAGUUCAUGCCUUAGCCCCCUCCGCCAGCCACAGACACUGAGAGAUAAGCACUACAUGGCAGAGCUUGUUGCUGAGCACCCAAAGACACCACGUCCCCUGGGGCACGGUGGCUCUGUCGCCUUCCCAAGA